AUGUCUUUCCUGACUCCUGAAAAUGAGCACGGUGUGUAUGCCCUGCAGACGUCUCACAUUCCCACAGCUUGUGUCAUGUUACAAGCGUGCUUGGCUGUGCAGGGCAGCAAAGGACACUACAGGUAUCACUGGCAGAGCCACAAUGUCAAGCACAGUGGCGUGGAUGAUAUGGUCCUUCUUUCCAAAAUCACGGAGGAUUCCAUAGUGGAGAACCUGAAAAAACGCUACAUGGAUGAUUAUAUUUUUACAUAUAUUGGCUCUGUAUUAAUCUCUGUGAAUCCCUUCAAGCAAAUGCCGUAUUUUGGAGAAAAGGAAAUUGAAAUGUACCAAGGAGCUGCACAAUAUGAAAACCCACCACAUAUUUAUGCUCUUGCAGACAGCAUGUACAGAAACAUGAUUAUUGACAGAGAAAAUCAGUGUGUCAUUAUUAGUGGGGAAAGUGGCGCUGGGAAGACUGUAGCUGCGAAAUAUAUCAUGAGUUAUGUCUCCAAAAUUUCAGGAGGUGGCCCUAAAGUACAGCAUGUUAAAGAUAUUAUUCUGCAGUCCAACCCUUUACUGGAGGCCUUUGGGAAUGCAAAAACUGUACGGAACAAUAACUCCAGCAGAUUUGGGAAAUACUUUGAAAUCCAGUUUAGCCCAGGUGGAGAACCAGAUGGAGGGAAAAUCUCCAACUUCCUGCUGGAAAAAUCUCGAGUUGUAAUGAGGAAUCCUGGAGAAAGGAGCUUUCACAUUUUUUACCAGCUAAUUGAAGGGGCCUCCUCAGAACAAAAAAACAGUCUUGGCAUUACCAGUAUGGACUACUAUUACUAUCUGAGUCUCUCUGGGUCCUACAAAGUCGAUGACAUCAAUGACAAAUCAGAUUUCCAAGAAACACUGCAUGCAAUGAGUGUGAUUGGGAUCUUUGCAGAGGAACAAGCACUGGUGCUGCAGAUUGUGGCAGGAAUACUGCAUUUGGGAAACAUCAGCUUCAAAGAAGUUGGCAACUAUGCAGGAGUGGAGAGUGAGGAGUUUUUGGCUUUCCCUGCUUUUCUCCUGGGAAUUAACCAGGACCGCCUGAAGGAAAAACUGACCAGCAGACAGAUGGACAGCAAGUGGGGAGGCAAAUCUGAGUCCAUAAAUGUAACACUAAAUGUGGAACAAGCCUGCUACACCAGAGAUGCACUGGCCAAGGCCCUUCAUUCCCGUGUUUUUGAUUACUUGGUGGAUUCUAUUAAUAAGGCUAUGGAGAAGGACCAUGAAGAAUAUAACAUUGGUGUCCUUGAUAUUUAUGGCUUUGAAAUAUUCCAGAAAAAUGGUUUUGAACAGUUCUGCAUCAACUUUGUUAACGAAAAACUGCAGCAGAUUUUUAUUGAACUGACACUGAAGGCAGAACAGGAAGAAUACGUGCAAGAAGGAAUUAGGUGGACACCAAUAGAUUAUUUUAACAACAAAAUAGUGUGUGAUCUCAUAGAGAACAAAGUGAAUCCCCCAGGGAUUAUGAGCAUUUUAGAUGAUGUCUGUGCCACAAUGCAUGCAGUGGGAGAAGGAGCUGACCAAACACUGCUUCAAAAACUCCAGAUGCAGAUUGGGACUCAUGAACAUUUCAACAGCUGGAACCAGGGAUUUAUCAUUCAUCAUUAUGCUGGAAAGGUAUCUUAUGAUAUGGAUGGAUUCUGCGAGAGAAAUCGGGACGUUCUUUUCACGGACUUGAUUGAACUCAUGCAGAGCAGUGAUUUGCCUUUUAUAAAGGCUCUGUUUCCUGAAAACCUUCAAGUGGACAAGAAGGGUCGUCCUACCACUGCAGGCAGUAAAAUCAAAAAACAAGCAAAUGACCUUGUUGGCACGCUGAUGAAGUGCACACCUCAUUACAUCCGCUGCAUCAAACCAAAUGAAACAAAGAAGUCUCGAGACUGGGAGGAGAGCAGGGUAAAACAUCAAGUGGAAUACUUAGGUCUGAAAGAAAAUAUUCGAGUAAGAAGAGCUGGCUAUGCCUACAGGCGGGUCUUCAAGAAGUUUUUGCAGAGGUAUGCCAUUCUGACCAAAGCAACCUGGCCUUCCUGGAAAGGAGAAGAGAAACAAGGAGUUCUCCAUCUGCUUCAGUCAGUUAACAUGGAUCCUGACCAAUAUCAGCUUGGGAAAUCCAAAGUCUUCAUCAAAGCUCCAGAGUCUCUAUUUUUGUUAGAAGAGAUGAGAGAAAGGAAGUAUGAUGGGCAUGCCAGGGCCAUCCAGAAGGCAUGGAGGAAAUAUGUGGCCAGGAAAAAAUAUGUACAGAUGAGAGAAGAAGCAUCAGAUCUAUUGCUGAAUAAGAAAGAGAGAAGACGGAACAGCAUUAACAGGAAUUUUGUGGGAGAUUACAUAGGCAUGGAGGACCAUCCAGAGCUACGCCAGUUUGUGGGCAAACGGGAGAAGAUUGAUUUUGCAGACACUGUAACUAAAUACGAUAGACGCUUUAAGAGCGUGAAGCGAGAUCUUGUCCUCACUCCAAAGUGCAUAUACCUGAUUGGGCGUGAGAAGGUAAAACAAGGUCCAGAGAAAGGCCAAGUAAAGGAAGUCUUAAAGCGAAGGAUGGAAGUGGAGAGAAUUCUUUCUGUUUCUUUAAGCACAAUGCAGGAUGACAUUUUCAUUCUACAUGAACAGGAAUAUGACAGCUUACUCGAAUCAGUCUUCAAAACUGAGUUUUUAAGCCUCUUAUCAAAACGAUAUGAAGAGAAAACACAAAGAAAACUACCUCUGAAAUUUAGCAAUACACUUGAAGUGAAGCUGAAAAAGGAGAGUUGGGGGCCCUGGAGCAGUGGUGGUUCUCGACAAGUGCAAUUUACACAAGGCCAAGGAGAUAUAGCCAUUCUCAAGCCAAGUAAUAAAGUGCUGCAGAUCAGCAUAGGACCAGGGCUACCAAAGAAUUCCCGUCCUACUAGACGGAACCUUACCCAAAGUAGAGGGUAUUCCAACAGAUCUCAAAGCCAGACUUACCCUAUGAGAGCCGCACCGCCGCCUCCUGGUCAGCAACAAAACGGAUUAGUAAAUCCCCCACAGUUUGUACCACUUCCCCAUGCCCCAGGAAAUCAACGGGCCAAUCAGAAAAACCUGUAUACAACUAUGACAAGACCAACCUUACCACGGCAACUGUCAGGAGGAUCAGGCAAGAUUUCACAGCAACCAGAAAGCUUGGAUUUCCUGAAAGUACCUGACCAAGGAGCAGCCGG